CACUCUCUUUUUUAUUUUAAAGCAAACAUCCUUUCGAUUCGCUCAAAAGAUUCAUUGGAAACUCAACUCAAUUUAUGAGUUAUUAACCACUUAAAAAAGCUUGGUCUGCUUGUUGUCAAUGGUGAUUAGGGCAUAACUAAGUACGAUGAAGAGUUCGGCUAAUGCGGUCGGGGGCAAGACCGCGAGGGCUUGUGACAGCUGCGUUAAGAGGCGUGCUCGGUGGUAUUGCCCCUCCGAUGACGCUUUCCUUUGCCAGGCUUGCGACGGGUCCGUCCAUUCAGCCAACCCACUAGCCCGCCGGCACGAGCGGGUCCGCUUGAAAUCCGCAAGCUCGAGCAGAACCCACCGCCCGACCACUGUAUCCCCUCCCGGAACAGCCAAGUGGCACCAUGGGUUCACGCGUAAAGCUCGGACUCCACGCGGCAGCGGCUCUGCUGGGAAACCUAAUCAACGUGCGGUAUUCUUCCACGACCUCGUGCCGGAGAUCAGCGUCGAGGAUCAGACAGAAAACUACGAGGAAGAGCAACUGAUUUUUCAAGUGCCGGUUCUUGAUCCCACGGUCUCGGAGCAAUACAGAGACGACGCGAUUGAGGAGAAGACCGGUUUUCCGUUACCGGAACUUAUUAAAUUUGCCGACAUGAACGAGGAGAACGAUGAAGACAACGCCGAGAGUUGUCUCGACCGGUUUUUUCCAACAGAUAUGGAGCUUGCGGAGUUUGCAGCUGACGUUGAUACUCUGCUCGGACACAACUUAGAGACAGAAUCUUUUGCCACGGAGGACCUAGGGUUAGGUGAUGGUUUGUCAGUUUGUGGACGAUCUUCUUCUAUGAUGCUGAAACUGGAAAACGAAGACGUCCACGAAGAAGAAACUGUAGCACGAGAAGGCACACCUAUGGAACUAUUUUACGAACGCAAGGGCAUGCCAUUUGAGUUGAGCUUUGAUCAAGAUCACUCACACAGGGCAUUCGAAGAAGAAGAAGAAGACGAAGAAAAAAACGUGAUAAACGUUAACACUGGCGAGAGAGAAAGUGUUAGAAGUGGCGGCAGUAGUAAUAUCUCACAUUCCAUAAAGAAGAAGUAA